CUCGAUAAAAAUGUUUAUCUUUUAUGGAUAGAGCUGCGAAUUUUUUUCUUUGACUAUUUUUGCAAAUCUCAAUUUCACGCACAUUCAAGUUCUUUCACCUCGCAUCGGAGUUACUACGCUCUACGUUGAUCUAUCUCAAGAGUAAAAAAAGUGAAUGAAUAAAUCCUUCCGAAUUGAAUUAAAAGAGUCUCUAAUUAUGUAAAAAAAGAAAAGGAAGAAAAUGAAAGAUGACGAGGGAAAAGUAAUUAAUGUACAAGCAACUUUCCGGAGAAAUUUUCUUCUCUAAUUUUCUCGACCGAGUCAUCUAUAGAACUGCUCCAGUCUCUUAUUACAUCAUCCAACGCACAGCAUCGCAAAAGAUAACAAUUUCUCGCAUAUUCCCCUUACGCGAUUUUCGUUCCUAAUCAUUUUCCACUUUGAUACGUAACUUUUGAUAGCGUGACUUGUCACGAGUGGCAAAGUUUAAUAUUUCUAAGUGGUUUCCGGCGAAAAAAAAUGUGCAGUUGGACGGUGGCAGGGAGAAAACUAUGUCGAACUGUUUCGUAGCCGAAUGCUCGGACGAGAGUGCACGCGACCCAGCUACGACUUCCGCCUUGGAUCGUCCCCAUUUAAAUGCAUUGUUCCCUUCCAUUUGAGAUGCGUCGCUCGAUGUGACGCUUUAGGAGAUCAAAGAUAUGCGGACAAACGAGGAACGAGGAAACGAAAGUGCCGCGCCGAGCAUCUGUCUGCGCGUGCGCCGGAACUCUGCCAAUACGGUCUAACAAUUUCCAACGGUUCCCGUUCGGCGCAGCUAGGCCACAAGGGUGCACUCGAGGAACUAAUUUUAGUUUUAAGUAAUGGUGGCGCAACACGCGGCCCGGCCAGCCUCGUUACGAUUCCUGGAAGGUCGGUCGAAGUCACGACGACGAAGGAACCCGAGCGAGUCCAAGUGUCGUCUCCGAUCCAUAAACACUCGAGAGAGAAGAAGCUUGUAAAGACCGGUCUAGAGGGACGGUCCAAGGAUGAACGGGGUGGAUGGGGAAGGGUUGCAGCAGGCUGGAAUGGUGCAUCGGUUUUUAGGAUCGUCAUGGGAGAAGAAAAGCUCACGGAGCUUUCGGCGAGAGUUCUCGUGGACGUCGACGAUCGUUGUUUCUACGUUCUAAGGUCUACGUUCGGUGAGUUAGAGCUCCGUAGUUGGAAACCUGUUUCGUAAUCAGACGAUAUUAGAUCGAUAAUACGACGAAUUCUGCAUUGUCCUAUAAACUAUAGUACCUAUAUACAGAAGUACAUUCGUCUGUGUACAACGAUCAUUUAGCUGCUAAAAAUUCAGCAUUUCCAAUGAACUCGUUCUUGUAAAGUAUCCAUGUUUCAUCGUCUGUUACCGUUCGCUCCCAGAAUGCUUCGUAUUGGCAACGAACAGACGAAGCGAAGGACAAAUGGUCAAUCGAUCCGCUAAAUUCCCGUCCGUUAGUUGGUGCAGGACCCAUUGGAAACACAGUAGAACGAAUCCAUUAUACGAAAUACCUCUUAUCGGAACGUUCUAUUAUUUCGAAUAAAAGCGGGGAAAUUCUUCGGGUUUAAUCGACACCAGACACUCUCGUGCCGACGUUGUUCCGUUACGACAACCGAGAAAAACCUAAGAGGGAAAAUAACACGUUCCAUCGCUGCCUCGGCUCAGGCAUAGAGGAGACGACAAGGUUGGUCAAGGAGUGGCGAAGGGCACUUUCGAACUCGGAAGGGUUUAUCGCGUAUAAACGCGACGCUGCGAGGCACUUCCACUCGGCACGUUUACUGCUGUCCAAUAAAAAGAGUCAACGCUCGAUCUGGUAUUGGGGACAUUCUCAAAUGAGAUCGUAAUUCUCGUCCCCUCGCUACCCUCUCGGAGACACGUCGAAACGGCUUCUACGAUUAUCGCGAGAAUCUUACGCAGGUUGCAAGCAGGUUUUUAAAAUAGUACAAAUUAUAAUUGCUUGUAUAUUUUUGUUUCGCUCGUCUUCCGGCUUUACGAUGAUUUCCGCUCACAGAACCGCUUUACACAAAACGGAACUAAACAUUAAUGCUGAAACUUUGAGACUCGGCGCCUUCGAAGGACUCGACAUUCGGGCAAGGCCAUUAAUGACCGUUCUGUGAAACGACGUGAUAAUUCCAUGAAAUAUCAAGU